AAAUUACAACAAACUCGUUUGAUUCCAAUGUUAAUUGUACGCGGUGACCCUACUUGUCCCAUGACAAUCUCACGCUUGAGGUAUGAAAAGGAACCAUGGUGGUUUUUUCUUCUUGUUGGACACAGUGGUAUAGUACCAUCAACGCCGCCACCAACGCCAACAGUUUCAGCACUACCAGCAUCACUACCAACGCCAACAGCGCCACCACCACCACCACCACUACCACCACAAGAAAAUGAAGGCAGUGAUUUAAGCAGAAAAAGCAGCUCUUUGUCAUCUGUUAUCUUACUUGGUUCGGUUGCCCCUUCCCACAGGGCUAUAUUAGACUUUUUGAAGGAAAUAAUGCCCUUGGAUCCCAUCCAAGACAUUACGACAGAAACCUUCCUUACCGAAGAAGCAAUAUCUACUCUUGUCGUGACCUAUCUCCCAGAUGGCGCAGUCAAGAAAAGUCAACUUGCUGAGUGGAUGGCGAAAGAUGGUGCGUGGGGUGUGACGAAGAAGAGGGGCACAUCGGAUGGAAGAAUACAAGGCCGUCAGUACAAUCUGGUGAAGGAGUCCUUUCGUGACUACAGAUGGGAAGACUUUUCAAACGUUCACCAAUUCCGUAGGCAUGUAAAGGUCACAAAGGAUACCAUUAUGACAAUCGGCUACAUCAGGCGAAGCAACACCACGGACUGUCUCGGUUCAAAAUUAAAAUCUUUGCAACUACAGUCCGUGAAACUCAUGAAGAAAUUGCUUUGUGAGAAAGUCUUUGGGUCUCUAAACACUUCGUCAAGUUCUGACAUCAUUUCAAGGGACUACAAUGAUGACAAGAAAUGGCUUGACGAAGUUACAAACUGCAUAGGAAACACCCAAGACAUGAUCGACGAAUUGAACAUCUGUUCAAGGAAGAUUCGUUUGGUCACAAUCGACUUUGCUGGCCUUUGUACUAAUCCUGAUUUUUUGCGUCGUUUUUUCAAGGCUAACAAGAUUGUUGUGGAAUUAGUCGUAGAUUUAGGUCAUAAAGUUGAUAUGAUCAAUCAUCGACAGUUAUUCAAAGAGGUUGAUACCGUAUCAGUGUUCAAUUGCUGUAAAUCGUGCACAACAAGAUCACUGUAAGAAAAAAAUAAAAAAAAUAACGCAAUCCGUGGCGCUACACCAG